UUAAUGAUAUGUCAUAUCUCUCACAGCCAAAUCCUUCAAAAGAAAUCGUUAGCUUGUAGGCAUAAUUAGGUUAUAAACCUUUGGUGGGCGAUAAGCCAAGCCAAUUAUACUGUCAACGGUUAAGUUGAAUUAGAAGGAAAUAUUCGUUAUAAAUAGUUAUAUUUCAAUAAUUUAUUAGUAAUGUGAUGAUAUUGUAUCGUCCGUGUGCUAUUUUUAUCAAUUUCCAUAAGUGGAUGUGCCAAGAAACCCAAGCUUGCGACGUGUCUAAUGGCGCUGACGGGAGAAUUUCGCGCGCGAUUGUGAAGGAUUCGUGGCAAUUUUUACCGCAGCUGAUUCAUGUAUUUCCACAUUUUUAUCAUUUUAAAUCAAAGCUUAUGUAUUCUCGUGGUGAUAUAAGCCUCAAAUAUGUAAUUUUUUCUAAAAUUAUGGCCCAUAAACAGCCUCUGAAAAAAAUUCUCCCGCCAAUCAGCAGGGGGCACGCUGCGGGAACAUCCACCUAUAAAGGGUGUUUUACGUCCAAAUCUUUUAUAUUAGUGAUGUACAAUACAUUGUAGAGAGCUUGUUAUUAAAAUAGACUGCAAGAGUUUCAUGAUAAAUUUGGAAUUAUGCCCUCAAUUACGGUUGUCAAGUGACAUAACCCUAUUUACAAGUUGAACAUGACAUGCGGCUGUGGAGAUAAAGUGCCAGUUGAAAUAACACAACUACAAUGGCACAAACUGGGUAAGUGCAGUGUUAUGACUCCUGUGUCAGAUACUGACCUUGGUGGUAGGGAGAAUAUGCCACCGAUGAAGAUCUCAUCGGUACUUGAAGAUGAACUCCUUGACCAACCAGCACACAAUGUAGUGGUGGAAUCUUCAUCAUGCUCCAGUGAUGAUGAGAGCUCCCAGUAUGGUACUACAGACCAGCCAAGAAGUGUAUACACAGACAUAGAAUACAACCCUGAUAGUUUCUUAAGCCCACCUAGUAUUUCCGAUCUUCCCAAUUGUGUGCUUAGUCCACUGGAAAAUGUGGCAAGAGGCGAGUCCACACCACACUCAAAUAAGAGGCCUAGUACCAGUAAAAUACCAUGCCCAACAUUGCCUAAACGCAAGUGCCCUCUACCUGGCUUGUCCUGGGCGGACCCUGAAGAUGUGUGGAACAAUAUGUGUGACUGUGAUGCCAGAUCUAGUAAUAAGAAGAAUCCCAACAUGUUUGACAAUCAUCCUAAUCUACAACCCAGGAUGAGAGCUAUUCUGCUAGAUUGGUUGAAUGAGGUAUGUGAAGUAUACAAAUUGCACAGAGAAACAUUUCAUCUCACUGUGGAUUACGUCGACAGAUAUCUAUCUAACACAGAAGAUGUCCAAAAAGGCAGAUUGCAGCUUAUAGGUAUAACAUGUUUAUUUAUAGCAGCGAAAGUAGAAGAAGUCUAUCCACCCAAAAUAGGCGAGUUCGCAUACGUGACUGAUGGAGCGUGCACCACAGACGAGAUACUCCUGGAGGAACUUCUCAUCCUGAAGAUAUUAUCGUGGAGCAUCACUCCCAUCACCAUCAACAGCUGGCUGAAUGUGUACAUGCAGCUCGCCAGCGAGGGCCGCAGUGCCAAGCGACGGCUGCUCGGGGAGAGUGACGUCGGCGCUAACGCGCUCCGAGGAUACACCUUCGUGUUCCCGCAGUACUCGUCGCUGGAGUUUGUGAUUUGUGGACAAUUGAUAGACUUGGCAGUGUUACAUGUGGACGUGAACCAAUUCCCGUACAGUGCCGUCGCUGCAGCGGCCAUGGCACACGCGUUCUCCAAAGAAUUAGCUAUAAGAGUAUCUGGGUACAGCUGGGAGGAGCUGGAGCCGUGUUGGCGGUGGCUGGCGCCGAGCGUGCGCGUGGUGCGCGGCGAGGGCGCCGUGUGCGUGGUGCGCGGCGGCGACGGCGAGUUCGUGCAGCGCGCCGCCGGCCUCGACCUCAUCUGUCCCGACGUCAACCUCGACGAGAGCCACCGCAUCCAGUCGCACAACGUCACCCUCGACAUGUUUGAUAAAGUGUACCAGAUAAUGACAGAACAGCAGUCAUCGACCCAGGCCGAGACGGCGGCGUCCACGUCGCAGGACAGCGAGCACAUAUACCCGCCGACGCCGCCGCAGUCCGACCAGAAGAGUCCGAAGACUCCGACGACUAAGACGCCGUCGACGCGCCACUGCACUGGUCUGUCGCCAGUGCCCGAAGUCCGGCGACUGUCCGCCGAGUGA